ACCCGGGAAGCAGCCGAUGUUGACACGAGAAACUUUCUUUUUUUUUCGUCUGAGCAGCGUAGCAGCAAGUGACCAGAUUAUUUCUUAUCACUCAAUUACUGCUUACUAAAUUUGGUUAACACUGGAAGUGGAUUAUCCACCAUUUAACUGUAAAGAUUAAUAAACAAAAACACCAAUGAUGAAGACUGCUGCAAUCUUAUCAAAGUAUGCUGGUUUGUUAACCCCGUCGCGACGAAUUUCCACUUUGACAGCGGCUAAAUCGUACAUGCCAUUGUCGUAUCAUCAGAACAAUCCGACAAUUUCACAUCACUUCAAGAAUAAGUUGGAUCUUCCAGCUUCGCUGACAGCUCUACUGAGUAGCCAUACUCGACAAUACAACACGAUACCAAUAGUUGUCGAGCAAACUGGUCGUGGGGAAAGGGCGUAUGAUAUCUACUCAAGGUUACUUAAGGACCGUAUCAUUUGUCUGAUGGGCCCUGUCAAUGAUCAAAUGGCGUCACUUGUGAUUGCUCAGUUACUCUUUCUGCAGGCUGAGAGUUCCAAAAAACCUAUACACAUAUAUAUUAACAGUCCCGGGGGUGUGGUGACAGCGGGACUCGGAAUUUAUGACACCAUGCAGUACGUAUUGCCACCUGUUUCUACUUGGUGUGUUGGUCAGGCAUGUUCGAUGGCAUCACUUUUGUUGGCAGCAGGCACUCCGGGAAUGAGACAUUCCUUACCUAACGCUCGAAUUAUGAUCCAUCAACCUUCAGGAGGGGCUCAAGGACAAGCAACUGAUAUUCAAAUUCAAGCCGAAGAGAUUUUAAAGAUGAAGAAGCAAAUUAAUAGCAUCUAUGUCAAACAUACUGGUCAAGAUCUUACCUAUAUUGAAGCCAACAUGGAACGCGACAAGUUCAUGAACCCAAUUGAAGCGAAAUUGUUUGGUCUGAUUGAUACUGUGUUGGAACAUCCUCCAAAAAUGCACAACUCUGAUGAAAACUUGCAUCAGCAUCGUCUAUCAAGUAGUGGAUAGACACUGACCAAUAAAUACUGAAAAAAAUACAAACUCUAAAUUCAUAUAUUGCUUAGGUUAAUGCUUCAAUUUCUUGCAGUACUAGAAUCUUGGAAUAUAAUGUGUUAGACAAUUUUUAAACUUGUAGAAUGCGGACGUAAUUUUUACUUUCGAAAUAAAAAGAAACGAUUUUAACUAAA